CGACAGAGGACAACAGAGGACCCCCACUGACAGACGAAAGUUCGUAAUGGGUUCGAAAUCACGACGUCGGUCCCGUUCCAAGUCCAGAAGUCGCAGCAUGGAGCGGCCGAACAAGUUCAGAGGCAGAUCUCGAUCUCCGAAAGAGACAAGAGGUCGCAGUCGCUCUGCGGACACUAAAAGGACCGCUCGGGGCCGAGGACGGUCCGGUAGCAGGGACUCCAGCGAUGGCUCCACCGAACGUCGUCGACCUCAACACAAGGGCCGUUCGGGCUCCCGGAGCGACUCGGAGAGCGACCGGAGGCAAGGAAAGCACCGUUACGGCAGCAAGUCGAAGGGGCGAUCAUCCAGCUCUGAUUCAGAUGAUCUCAAAGCGAGCAGGAGGAGAGGGGAAAAGGAGAACAAAAGAAAAACAUCUCGAGAGAGGAGGAGAGGAAGAUCCCAUUCCUCGUCAGUCUCGCGUGACGGAAACAGUGACAGAGAAGGUAGAAGGCAAAGAAGUCUUGACCGUGAGAGUCCAGCCAGAGACAGACACAGGAGAGAGGGGGAUAGAGAGAGAUGGAGGAGCAGCAGCAGCAGAGACAGGGAGCGUCAGAAGAAGAGUAAAGACAGGGAGCGAGGGAGGACUGACAGAAGUAGAGAGGGGACCAGUAGGGAGAGACAUCGCUCCAGUUCACCCGAGUCAUCCGAUAGUUCAGGAUCUGAUCAGGAGGGUGCCUUAAAAGAAAAGCAGGAAAAGAAGAAGCAAAGGGAGAUGCUAAAGGCUCUAGAAACGCCAGAGGAGAAGAGGGCCAGGAGACUGGCAAAGAAGGAAGCAAAGGAGAAGAAAAGAAGGGAAAAGAUGGGCUGGAGUGAAGAGUACAUGGGAUACACCAAUGCAGACAAUCCCUUUGGUGACAACAACUUGUUGGGCACAUUCAAAUGGCAGAAGGCCUUGGUUAAGAAAGGCAUCGGCCACCUGGGAGAAAAAGACCUCAAAGAAAGAAACAAACGUAUUCAGGAGGAGAACCGCAGAGAGCUACAGAAGGUUAAGCAGCUGCGUCUGGAGCGGGAACGAGAAAAGGCCAUGAGGGAGACUGAGCUGGAGAUGCUGCAGAGAGAAAAAGAGGCGGAACACUUCAAGACCUGGGCUGAACAAGAAGACAAUUUCCAUCUGCAGCAGGCCAAACUACGCUCUAAAAUUCGAAUCCGAGACGGCCGCGCUAAGCCAAUCGACCUUUUGGCGAAGUACAUCAGUGCAGAAGAUGACGAUCUUGCUGUGGAGAUGCACGAACCGUACACCUUCCUCAACGGGCUCACGGUUACUGACAUGGACGACCUGCUGGAGGACAUCAAGGUGUAUAUGGAGUUGGAACAAGGCAAGAACGUGGACUUCUGGAGAGACAUGACGACCAUCACAGAGGACGAGAUCAGCAAGCUGAGAAAACUGGAGGCUUCUGGCAAAGGACCUGGUGAUCGCCGCGAAGGCAUCAACACGGCUGUGAGUACCGACGUGCAGGGUGUUUUUAAAGGGAAAACGUACAGCCAGUUACAGGCACUGCACCUAAACAUCGAGUCAAAGAUUCGAGCUGGAGGAUCCAAUCUUGAUAUUGGCUACUGGGAAAGUCUGCUGCAGCAAGUCAGAGUCUACAUGGCGAGAGCCAGGUUGAGGGAGCGACACCAGGAUGUGCUGCGUCAAAAGCUGUUCAAGCUGAAACAGGAACAAGGAGUGGAAAGUGAGCCUUUGUUUCCUAUUAUCAAAGAGGAGCCCAGAAGUGAUGAUGACGGGGACAGUGCGAGAGAGUCAACUUCAUCUUCUGCAAAGAAUAAAAACACUGAAGGAGAGGAUAAAGAGGAGGCAGGACCAUCCACAUCAGGAAACCAAGACAACGAUGGAGGAGCCAAGAACGACAAGGAGAAUGAAGAAGACAAGGACGAGGUGGUGGAGGCCGUGCUGACAGAGGAGGAUCUGAUUCAGCAGAGCCAGGCAGAGUAUGACUCAGGACGCUACAGCCCCACGCUGCUCACCACCUCCGAGCUGCCUCUGGACACGCACACGAUCACACCAGAGGACGACCUACACAGGCUGGAGCUAGCGCGCAGGCAGCUGCAAGUCACUGGCGACGCUAACGAGAGUGCAGAAGAUGCCUUUGUUCGUCGCGCCAAAGAGGGCAUGGGCAAUGACGAAGCCCAGUUCAGCGUGGAGAUCCCAGUCUCAGGGAAGAUGUACCUGUGGGCCGACAAGUACCGCCCCAGGAAGCCACGCUUCUUCAACAGGGUCCACACAGGCUUCGAGUGGAACAAAUACAACCAGACGCAUUAUGACUUCGACAACCCUCCACCCAAGAUCGUCCAGGGCUACAAGUUCAACAUCUUCUACCCAGACCUGAUCGACAAGCGCUCCACCCCGCAGUAUUUCCUCGAGCCCAGUCCCGACAACAAGGACUUUGGGAUUUUAAGGUUCCAUGCAGGCCCUCCCUACGAGGACAUCGCCUUUAAGAUCGUCAACAGAGAAUGGGAAUAUUCGCACAGACAUGGCUUUCGCUGUCAGUUUGCCAAUGGAAUCUUCCAGCUGUGGUUCCAUUUCAAAAGAUAUCGCUACAGAAGAUAGACCAGUGGGACCAAUAUUGUUGACUGUACAGUUAAUGUGGUUUACUAAGAUGAUCCAGCUGCACACAGAUGCAUUUUCUAAAGCAAACAUUAUUGUACUGUUGUUUGAAAAAGUAAAUAUGAAUGUAGUUUCGAAAAAAUACACAUUAAAGAUUUUCCUCUUUA